GCGGCGCCGACCAAAAAGUCUUCAGCAAAAUCUUCCGCCAGAGCACAAGAAGACCCCACAACAGAGGAGCCCACCAGACCCGUGCUCUCAGCCGAGGCGGCAGCCUCGCAGCAGAAGGUCCUGGGCAUCUUCCAGACGGCCUUCGACGAGGCCCUGUCCUCGGCGGGCUUCGCCCAGACGCUGCAGGAGGUCAAGUCGGCACUGUACGACAGGGACUUCGGGAGGGCGUUCGGCCGCGAGGAGUACCUCGAGGUGUACGCGGCGCGGUGGAGCCCCACGCGGGCGCUGGCGUACGCGGCCGCGCUCGAGGGGCUGAGGGAGUGGCUGGGGGGCAUCGCGGCUUCUGAGACCACCCCUGCGCGUGUAAGAUCCGGGAGCAAAACCCUCAAGCUCCUCGCCCUGGGCGGCGGCACGGCCGAGCUCGCGGCGUUCGCCUCGUUCCUGUCCACGUCACCGGGGACAAGCGGCGACAUCACACUCCUGGACACGGGCCCGUGGGGCGGCGCAGUGAACAAGCUGCGCGACUCUCUCCUGAUCGCUCCGCCCAUCUACAAGUACGCGAGCGCCGCCGCCAAGGCGGCCAACACGCCCCUGGUGGGCCCCGGGCAGCUGCAGCACACCUUCCUGCAGCAGGACAUCCUUGCGCUGUCUGCCGACAAGCUGCGGGAGAUCCUGGGGGUGGAGCCGCUGCUCGUCACGCUGCUGUUCACGCUCAACGAGCUGUACACGGGGGGCGGGAUCGGCAAGACGACGAGCUUUCUGAGGAGCCUGAGCAAGGCGGUACCGGCGGGGAGUCUUCUCCUGGUCGUGGACAGCCCCGGGAGCUACUCGGAGGCCGCGGUGGGCGGCAAGGAGAAGAAGAAGUACCCCAUGUCCUGGCUGAUGAACCAUACGCUCGAAGAGAUCGAAGAAGGAUGCCAGUGGGAGAAACUAGAGGAGAACGAAUCUGUAUGGUUCAGACUGGCCGACGAUUUGAAAUACCCUAUUCAGCUGGAGAACAUGCGGUAUCAGAUCCAUCUAUACCGC